GUUACUGUAUAUCCGGUGGUGGUGAUGUUUCUGUCUCUACCAUUCACAGCUGCAGCUUGAAAGGGAAAACCCACUUCAAAAGCUACAAACACCCGACUCAAACCUCAAUCUUUAUCACACUUGUCACGCACACACACACACACAUAUAUAUAUAUAUAUAUAGAGAGAGAGAGAGAGAGAGAGAGAGAGGGUUAGGGUUCCACAGAGCGAGAGAGAGAAAGAGAACGAGAAGAUGAGUAUAUGGAACUACGUAGUCACGGCUCACAAGCCCACACCACCAACUCACGCAUUUUCCUGCGUUUGGGGCAAUGGCCCUCAAGAACUCAAUCUCAUCAUUGCGAAAUGCACCCGUAUCGAGAUUCAUUUACUUACUCCCCAGGGUUUGCAGCCUAUGUUGGAUGUGCCGAUAUAUGGAAGAAUUGCAACGCUUGAACUCUUUCGACCUCAUGGUGAAGCACAAGAUCUUUUGUUCAUUGCAACAGAAAGAUAUAAAUUCUGUGUUCUUCAAUGGGACUCUGAGGCAGCUGAGGUUAUUACAAGAGCAAUGGGGGAUGUCUCGGAUCGUAUAGGUCGUCCUACAGAUAAUGGCCAGAUUGGCAUUAUUGAUCCUGAUUGCAGAUUGAUUGGACUCCAUCUGUAUGAUGGAUUAUUUAAGGUUAUUCCAUUUGAUAAUAAAGGGCAGCUUAAGGAAGCAUUCAACAUUAGACUUGAGGAGCUUCAGGUUUUGGAUAUCAAAUUUCUCUAUGGUUGCCCGCGACCGACAAUUGUUGUUCUCUACCAGGAUAACAAGGAUGCUCGUCAUGUCAAAACAUAUGAGGUUGCUCUGAAGGAUAAAGAUUUUGUUGAGGGUCCAUGGUCUCAGAAUAAUCUUGAUAAUGGGGCUGCUUUGCUCAUUCCAGUACCACCGCCUCUCUGUGGUGUUCUUAUUAUUGGAGAAGAAACAAUUGUGUAUUGUAGUGCCUCUGCAUUUAAAGCAAUCCCAAUUAGACCUUCCAUCACAAGAGCCUAUGGAAGGGUUGAUGCUGAUGGUUCUAGAUACUUACUUGGUGAUCAUGCCGGACUUCUUCACCUUCUUGUUAUAAUCCAUGAGAAAGAAAAAGUGACUGGACUCAAAAUUGAACUCCUGGGGGAAACUUCUAUUGCAUCGACUAUAUCAUAUCUUGAUAAUGCAUUUGUUUAUGUUGGCUCAAGCUAUGGAGAUUCACAGCUGAUAAAACUAAAUCUCCAACCAGAUACGAAAGGUUCUUAUGUAGAAGUUCUAGAAAAGUAUGUCAAUUUGGGCCCGAUUGUUGACUUUUGUGUGGUUGACCUCGAGAGGCAAGGUCAAGGUCAGGUUGUAACUUGCUCUGGAGCCUAUAAAGAUGGGUCUCUUCGCAUAGUUCGAAAUGGAAUUGGAAUCAAUGAACAGGCAUCGGUAGAGCUUCAAGGCAUCAAAGGAAUGUGGUCACUUAGAGCAGCUACUGAUGAUCCCUAUGACACCUUCUUGGUGGUUAGUUUUAUUAGUGAGACGCGAAUUUUGGCUAUGAAUCUUGAGGAUGAGUUGGAAGAAACUGAGAUAGAGGGCUUUUGUUCCCAAGUUCAGACUUUGUUCUGUCAUGAUGCUGUGUACAAUCAACUUGUACAGGUUACUUCAAGCUCUGUAAGACUGGUCAGUUCUACCUCUAGAGAGCUGCGAAAUGAAUGGAAAGCUCCAGCAGGAUAUUCAGUUAAUGUUGCCACUGCUAAUGCCACCCAGGUUUUAUUGGCUACUGGUGGUGGUCAUUUAGUGUACCUAGAAAUUGGUGAUGGGAUAUUGACAGAAGUGAAACAUGCACAAUUGGAGUAUGAUAUAUCAUGCCUUGAUAUAAAUCCCAUCGGUGAAAAUCCCAACUGCAGUCAGCUAGCUGCGGUGGGAAUGUGGACUGAUAUAAGUGUUAGAAUAUUUUCUCUACCUGACUUGAAUCUCAUUACGAAGGAAAAUUUGGGAGGAGAGAUUAUACCACGCUCUGUUCUUUUAUGUUCAUUUGAAGGGAUAUCUUAUUUGCUAUGUGCCCUUGGAGAUGGUCAUCUCUUAAACUUUUUAUUGAACAUGAGCACUGGGGAGUUGACAGAUAGGAAAAAGGUGUCCCUUGGGACCCAGCCUAUAACACUCCGCACUUUCUCAUCAAAGAAUACAACACAUGUAUUUGCUGCAUCAGAUAGGCCAACUGUCAUUUACAGUAGUAACAAGAAAUUACUCUACAGCAAUGUAAAUUUGAAAGAGGUCAGUCAUAUGUGCCCUUUCAACUCUGCUGCUUUUCCAGACAGCCUUGCAAUUGCCAAAGAAGGGGAGCUUACAAUUGGCACGAUAGAUGAUAUCCAAAAGCUUCACAUCCGCUCCAUCCCUCUUGGGGAGCAUGCACGCCGUAUAUGUCAUCAAGAGCAGACUAGGACCUUUGCCAUAUGUAGUAUGAAGUAUAACCAAUCAAAUACGGAAGAGGCUGAAAUGCACUUUAUCCGCUUGCUAGAUGACCAAACCUUUGAGUUCAUAUCAACAUACCCACUUGACCAAUACGAGUAUGGUUGCUCCAUACUUAGCUGCUCCUUUUCUGAUGAUAAUAAUGUGUAUUACUGUGUUGGGACUGCUUAUGUUAUGCCUGAGGAGAAUGAACCAACCAAGGGACGGAUACUGGUAUUCAUAGUUGAAGAUCAGAAGUUACAGCUAAUUGCCGAGAAGGAAACCAAGGGGGCUGUUUACUCUGUAAAUGCCUUUAAUGGAAAGCUUCUUGCUGCUAUCAAUCAAAAGAUUCAGUUGUACAAGUGGAUGCUCCGUGAUGAUGGUAGCCGGGAAUUGCAGUCUGAAUGUGGGCAUCACGGACACAUACUUGCCCUUUAUGUUCAAACUCGCGGAGAUUUCAUUGUUGUUGGUGAUCUGAUGAAAUCAAUCUCCUUGUUAAUCUAUAAGCAUGAGGAGGGUGCAAUUGAGGAACGAGCCCGCGAUUACAAUGCAAAUUGGAUGUCAGCCGUUGAGAUCCUUGAUGAUGAAAUUUACCUUGGUGGAGAGAAUAAUUUCAACCUCUUCACUGUCCGAAAGAACAGUGAAGGUGCCACUGAUGAGGAGCGUGGCCGUCUUGAGGUUGUCGGAGAGUACCACCUCGGUGAAUUCGUCAACCGGUUCCGACACGGCUCUCUUGUCAUGCGCUUGCCAGAUUCCGAUGUGGGUCAGAUUCCAACUGUAAUUUUUGGCACGGUUAACGGUGUUAUCGGGGUCAUUGCCUCCCUUCCUCAUGACCAGUACCUCUUCUUCGAGAAACUCCAAUCAAACUUGAGGAAAGUGAUAAAGGGUGUUGGAGGAUUGAGUCACGAGCAAUGGAGAUCAUUCUACAAUGAGAAAAAGACCGUAGAUGCCAAAAAUUUCUUGGAUGGAGAUCUAAUCGAGUCAUUCCUUGAUCUGGGAAGGGUUCGAAUGGAAGAGAUAUCGAAGGCAAUGUGUGUUUCAGUGGAGGAGCUUAUGAAGAGAGUAGAAGAGUUGACAAGGUUGCAUUGAUAAUGUGACCUGGUUUGUCUCUGCACUUUUCUUUCUUUCUUUCGGAUUUGUUGUUAAAUCAAAUCUGUAACUUUCACUUCGUUUUCUGGUUAUAUUCUUGAUAUAGUCUUUAUGUUUGUAAGAUAAAUGUUUUCUGGAGCUUAGCCUACACAUAUGCUUGUAUGACCGACCCCUCUUAUCUCUGUUGGCUUUUUUACUUUAAUUUUAGAGUAAAUUACAAAUACACUUCUUGAUA